UAAAUGAAGAAGAAGUUGCAUGGUUGAAGUAAUCAGCUGAUCGAGUUGAAGCUAACAGAUUUGAACAACAAUACGUACAUAUAAUACAUUUGGUCUCCCGCUAAGGAAUGUACAGCAUGGCUCUAAUAACAGCCAACUGGAAUCCGAUGGAAGAUGCUUUUUAUCGUAAAACAGAGCUGUACGAGAUGAGUUGGAACCUGAGAGAUGGAUUGAAAGACUGCUUGGUAGCGGCGGCACCUUACGGCGGACCUAUAGCUCUCCUAAGAGAACCCCAGAGACGUUCCCCAAGUUCCCGUCCUCAAUUGGAGAUUUAUUCUGCUUCUGGAAUCGCCAUUGCCAGUUUCCCGUGGAAAAGUGGUCCUGUGAUUCAGCUGGGUUGGACAGUCUCCGAUGAGUUGUUGUGUAUUCAAGAAGAUGGUUCUGUUCUGAUUUAUGACCUGUUUGGGUCCUUCAAGAGGCACUUCAGCAUGGGACAGGAAGUGGUGCAGUCUCAGGUCUUAGAAGCCAAGGUGUUCCAUUCUCCCUACGGGACAGGCGUUGCCAUUGUCACGGGAUCUUUUCGGUUCAUCUUGGCAACUAACAUCACUGAUUUAAAACUUAGAAGGUUACCCGUCGUCCCAGGCUUGCAGGCGACGCCGUCCUGUUGGAUUGUCCUCACCCAAGAUCGCCAGACCAAAGUCUUGUUGGCCACUGGAUCUGAUCUCUAUAUCCUGGACAAUACUUCUUGCACUUCUGUGUGUGCUCCAGGACUCAGUCCUCAGUUGGGCAACAUUGUCCAAAUGUCGGCGUCCUUCAACUACAAAUAUCUUGCGCUCUUCACUGAUACCGGACACCUAUGGACGGGCUUAGCCCAGCUUCAGAGCAAGCUGAGUGAGGUCGAUACCAAAGUGAGGACACCACCGAAGCAGAUGGUCUGGUGUCGCAGACCAAAAUCCCAGCAACCGUCUGUGGUGAUGGUGUGGGACCACCUCCUCCUGGUGGUCGGAGUGUGCAACGACAUCAUCCAAUUCCCACUAGAAAGUCAGUGCGUGUGUGUUGGUGAGCUGGAUGGCGUUCGAAUCAUCAGUUCAACCAAUCAGGAGCUGCUGCAGGAGGUUCCGAUCGUCUGUCAGGACAUCUUCAAAAUCGCUUCGAUGGCACCGGGAGCAUUGCUGCUGGAGGCCCACCGCGAGUAUGAGAAGUCCAGUCAAAAAGCUGAUGAGUACCUGCGGGAAAUCAAGGAGCAAGGCAUGCUGGGAGAGGCGGUUAGACAGUGUGUGGAGGCGGCAGGUCAUGAAUAUGACUCCAACACCCAGAAGUCCCUGCUGCGGGCGGCAUCCUUUGGUAAGUGUUUCCUGACAGACUUCAGUCCAGAUCAUUUUGUAUCCACCUGUCGAGAGCUGCGCGUCUUGAAUGCCGUCAGAGAGUGCAGUGUUGGUCUGCCACUCACGCACACACAAUUCAAACAGAUGACCCUCCAGGUGCUGAUUGACAGGUUGGUGUACCGCCAACUGUAUCAGUUGGCGAUCGAAAUUUGCCGUUACCUGAAGAUUCCAGAUUAUCAAGGGGUCAGCAGAGUUCUUAAGCACUGGGCCGCCUGUAAAGUCCAGCAGAAGGAACUAUCGGAUGAAGCCAUAGCUAGAGCGGUGUGCCAGAAGGUGGGAGACUCACUGGGGGUGUCCUACUCACACAUCGCUGCUAAAGCCUUUGAAUGUGGACGAACAGAGCUCGCCAUCAAGCUGUUGGACUCGGAGGCUCGGUCUGGUGAGCAAGUUCCUCUUCUACUGAAGAUGAAGAGGAGUCAGCUGGCUCUCAGUAAAGCUGUAGAGAGUGGCGACACUGACCUGGUUUACAUGGUUGUAACUCACCUGAAGAAUGAGAUGAACAGAGGCGAUUUCUUCAUGACACUAAGAAACCAGCCUGUCGCUCUGAGUCUCUACAGACAGUUUUGUAAACUGCAGGAACAAGAAACUCUGAGGGAUCUUUACAACCAGGAUGAUGACCACCAGGAGCUGGCCAAUUAUUAUGUUGCCACCAGCUACGGGGAGAAGAGGUUAGACAGCCGUUUGUCUCACCUGCAAAGUGCCGUCGACGAAUACAACAAAGCCAAAAAUGAGUUUGCCUCCAAGGCCACCGAAGAUGAGAUGCGUCUCCUCCGUUUCCAAAAGAAACUGGAUGACGAGAAGGGGACUGGGCUGAUGGGCUUGUCACUGCAGGCAACCAUGGAAACCCUGCUCAUGUUGGGGCUUUACAAGCAGACGGAUCAACUUUACAGAGACUUCAAAGUACCUGACAAGAGGUAUUGGUGGCUGAAACUUAAGUCUUUGGCAGAGAAGGAGGAAUGGGAAGAGUUGGAGAAGUUCUCAAAGAGUAAAAAGUCCCCAAUUGGGUACCUGGCCUUUGUGGAGGUCUGCAUUAAGAAAAAUAAUAAGCAUGAGGCCAAGAAGUACGUUUCCAGAGUGACGCUUGAGCAGAAGGUCAAAGCUCACCUAGCCAUCGGCGACCUUGAGGGGGCUGCAGAUGCAGCGAUUGAGCGCAGGAACGAAGCAGAAAUAUCGGCAGUCCUCGCAAGAUGCUCCACCACGGAUAGGUUGUUGAGUGACAAGUUAAAUCGAGCCAAAUUGUCCACUGCCAAAAAGAGACCCUAGAGUCACUGUGUAUGCCAUUAUCAGCUUCAAAUCAAACCCGAGUUAUAGGAAGAUGCCUUCUCAAUGCAUUGCCAGGCGAGUGUUGGAUUUGCUCCCCUUUCAAAAUUAUGAAAUAUUAAGUGGCAGUCGAACUGCAUCAUGUCUCUCAGCCAUAUUGCCUUUACACCUGUCCAUGACUUCUGAUUUCAAAUUUGUUUUCAACAAAUCAUAUACACAAUUGUGCACAGUACGUAUAUGAAAUAUGACACAAAAUGAUUUCUUCGUUAUACUGGUCAUCGGAAAGAAGUACUGCAAACUAGUUUUACUCCUCCACGCUUUGAAAAUAAUAACUUUUUUUCUAACACAUUAUCAUCAUUAUAAUACAUGGGGUAAUUGAUGCUGGAUGCAACCCACCCAUUUAGCCAGGCUUGGGAUGGACAUCGGAGAGCUUGUCUUAAUCAAGAUAAUAUUUGUCACAAUGCCAAAGUAAUUCAUGCUUAAUGCCCAUAAUGCUUGUCUGUAAAUAAUGUAUGUGAUUAAACUAGUGUUUGUUGAAUCAUGCCA